UGGAUUCUGUACGAACUCAUUUUGAAAUCGUUACAACUGGAAUUUAUCUUUAAUUAACUCUAAUCCACAUUGAAACACGCAGCCACAGGAUGCAGGACCAUCUACUACAUGGCUGCCAAGCCCAUUCAUUUACAUAAACAAUUGACAAGUAUGGAUUUUCGGAAACAGAUUUCACGAUUCUUAGGGAAGGCAGCUCAUAGACGAUGGAAGGAUGUAGCAAGUGACAUAAUGGCAGUAAUUGGAGGAAUUAAACCCGGUUUUUUGUAUGACUAUUCAACUUGUGAUUCAAAAUCUUUGGACAAACUUGUGGCCGAAAUGGAAUCAUUGACUAAGUGGGAAACGCAGAAAGCUGACAUUUCGCCCUCACCUGAUAGUGAUUCUAGUGAGAUGGUUGCAAAUCAUGGUAUUCGAACAACUGGUACAUUGAAUAUAAAGGAUGAUGUAGUUGUCUUCAACAAAGAAAUUUUGAUCAGAAAACUCAAACAUUUUAUUUUCACCAUGAAGAGUAAUGCAACUGAUGAUAGUGAUAGAUUAGGAGAGGAGAACCCAUAUACCUUAGUUGAUGUUAGUGGUAAACUGUCAAAUCCAACCUUGGCAGACAGAAGUAUUACUCAGGAGAUAGUGAUCAUAGCAAAGGACAUUUUAACACAGAUUGAAGCUGAAUUUGCUGACCCAAGGCGGAGCUCUGGUGAGGUAGCAGUGACUAUUCAUAUUGAAGAUCAUUGGAAUGUAUCAACAAUAUUUGGCCUUUUGCUUGGAUACCCAGUAUUGUACUGGUAUCAAGUUGAUACUCAAGACAAUUGCCUUGCUUAUACUCCUCUCAGUGUCAUCAAAUGUACAUGUAAAUGCAUGGUUAAAACAAACAACUGUGGCUCUGAGAACGUUUGCAGAUCUGUAAGAGAGAUGAGCAAUCAUGAUCAUGUUAUGUACUCGUUCAGUAUUCCCAGUAUCUUUUUAGAGCAUGCAAGCAAACGAAUUGCAGAAUGGAAAGAGUCUAUAUGUCAUGCUGUAGAUUUAUGUGAAUAUUUUACUUCUGCUUCUUUUGAAUGUAACACAGUAACAUUGCCGAUAGUUGCAUUAUGAAUGGAUUGUGAAACAAGUCAUUUUAGGCCUACAGACCAACAAUUAAAUGAAGGAAUACAUGUACAUGCCAGUGCAUUACGAAAGAAUGCAUAAUUGUUGAAAAUUCAUUCCAUUGCCAAAGUACUAGGGAUAUAAAGUGCAGAACAAUACAACCUGGAUUUGUCUUCAAUUCUUUUAUGGAAUUCCCGGUGGGGCCACUUAAGUUGAGCGGAUACCAUGCGCGACCAAAAAAACAUGUAAAAAGGAUGUCUUUUUCAAGAUAGGGCACGUUACGUACGUAAUGUAAUUAUGGUGUUAAAACACUAAAAUAAUGAAAAAGGGUAUCUAUUUCCACUAGGAAAUCUACAUUUUUUGGGUCAAAUUUGCAAGGGUGUAAAAAAAUCAAGAGUAAAGUGUUUUAUAAAGGAUGUACUUUUUGCCCCAAGAGUCAAUUGACACUACGUGUUUAGAGUACGAUUUUGCGCGAGAUGUGGAAGGUGGGGCUGUACCAAACCCAAAUGAUGUAGGUAAGGG